AUGAUAGCUUCAAGGAGCGCUACGUUGGGCCAGAGCAUCCGGAGGUUCACAACCUCUGUGGUCCGCAGGAGCCACUGUGAGGAGGGCCCUGGGAAGAAUUUGCCAUUUUCAGUGAAAAACAAGUGGUCGUUACUAGCUAAGAUGUGUUUGUACUUUGGAUCUGCAUUUGCUACACCCUUCCUUGUAGUAAGACACCAACUACUUAAAACAUAAGGAUGUUUCAGUUCAUCCAUUAACAGAUAUGAAGAGCAUUUUAAGAGGUACAGCCUCUGGAAGUGGAUCAAACUUGAACUCAUAUGGCAUACUAGAUAUGUUUGUGAAUAAACUUAU